AUGUCCAAGCCCAUCCCACAAGCCUGGCGCAAGGGCUCCUCCGAGCUCUACGACAUUCCCUCGUACACCCCCAACGAGUUCCUCAAUGGCGUCGAGACGCCGCUGGUCACCAGCGACAACGAGGAUGGUAUGGCCUACCUUCGGUCCAUGAGCUACGUGCACAUUCCGGGUCGGUUCAGCUCGUACUCGUCGCUCAACAACAACGACGACUCGCGCAGGGGGUUGGCGCACAACCCCCUCUUCAACGCUUCGGCCGCGGCUACGGACUAUACUUCGUCCGACAGCGAAUCGCACAAGAACGCCAAGUUCGACUCAGCGGUGCGCAAGAGCCCGCUGCGCUCGUGUAACUCGUGGGAAGCCCAGGCCGAGUUUGGCGGCAUGGUCCCAGAGAUGAACCCAGAUGCCGUGCGAAAGAUGAAGUACGGCCGGUUGAGGUACAUUGACGGAUUGCGGUUGGUGGCUGCCAUUGCGGUGCUGACUUCGACGGUGAUUGGCCACCACACCCAGACGUGGUCCGCGGGCAAGAGCAUCCUGUACCCAUUUAACUCGAAUUUUGCCCUCACCCUCUUCCUGGCGCUUCAAGGUCGUGCGCUCACGCUGCCGUGGCUGGUCAGCCGAAAAGACGCUAUUUCGAGCUUCAAGGAGGCCGCUGCGGCCGCCAAGACGCUGGACGAGAAGGCUGCGCCUCCUGCUGCCGUGACACCGAAGAGCGAGACGAGCUCCAAGAACGAGAUCAAUAAGCCAGACUUCAAGCUGUACGGCAUGGCCAUGAUCUCGAGGCCGUUCCGCUUUCUGCUUCCUAUCCUUUUUGUCACGGGUGUGCAGUAUGUUGUCUGCACGGCGACGGGACUGUACGCGCAGAACCCGAAAUUUGAGGCGCUCAUCGGCCAGAGACCCGAAUGGUGCUAUGCCAACGUCACGCAGUGGAUCAUCACGGCGACGAACCUGUUCACCUCGGAGGAUCGACCUACGGAGCUGCUCAACGCGACGGGCCCGAUUUUCUACCUGCCCUGGUUCUUCCAGAACAGCUACUACCUCUAUGGUGUCACGAUGAUUGUGAGCAUCCUGCAGCGCGACACGCGUGUGAUGUUCUUGAUCGCCAUGGGACUGCUCAACUGGUGCACGCUUUCGUACCUUGCUCCCGCGCUUUUGGGCCUGUUGGUUGCCGAGCUGGAUGUCUCGGGCUACUUUGCCAAGGUGCGCAAGCAUAGGGCGGUGUGCUGGGGCGUGCAGGGCUUGUGUGCGGCGGUGUUCUCGCUGUUUUUGCUGGUGCCUCAGAUCAGGGAUCCGGUCAACAGCGGGUUGAGCCACUUGCAGGUGCUUCGACCCACGACGCACAACGGCGCCAAUAUUUACUCUGUGAUCAAGUUUACCGAUGUCAUCUGUGCGACGCUUUUGCUGGUCAUGCUCGAGAUGUCGCGCUUCUCGCAGCGUGUGCUGUCGGUAGUUCCGAUUUCGAUGAUGGGCCAGCAGAUUGGCGCGGCGAUUGUCGCAGUGCAUUCGAUUGUGCUGUGGUUCAUCAUACCCAAGAUCUUCCCCAUGACGGCGGACAACUCGGUGACGUCUGGGGCGUCGACCAACUUGGCGGUUAUCUGGGCUUUGACGUUGACUAUCACGUUGGCGCUCUCGACGGUGUUCCGGGUGGCGAUCGAGAUUCCGAGUGAGUUGCUGGGGCGCGCCACGCUCAUCUUCUUCUACGGUCAGGUCGACCUGCAGAGUCGCUCAACUGUGUCGCAAAUGCAUGUCGAGAAGGCGCGCAACUCGGGCUACUUUAUGCCGCUGCCGAGUCUAGGUAAUCCGAUGGCUAAAUUGGGGUUGACCAAGGUGCCUUGGUAG